UCGGUGCCUACCAGCCAAACAACUGGUGUCCUUCCUUUUACUUGACAAGGCGCAGUGGUCGAGGGUUUGCCUCCAAGAAGGAUUCAACAUGUUUCAUAGGGAGCUGAGCUUUCUCUCCUUAAUGGUGCUACUAUGCCAGCAUGGUGUCAAAGCAGUAGACCUCAUUACCUGUGAGGGACAAACUGCCAGUCUCACCUGUGCACAGGGAACCAUUAAUGUGCUUUCUGCCAAUUAUGGGCGUACGGACAGAACAACCUGCUCUGCUGGAAAACCAGCUAACCAACUCUCAAAUGUUCAGUGCAGACAGAGCACAUCCCUAAGUGUGGUGACCACUCCAUGUAAUGGAAAGCAGAGUUGUUCCAUUGCUGUGCGGAAUACAGUUUUCAAUGACCCUUGUGUUGGAACUUACAAAUACCUGUUUGUGUCUUACGAGUGCAUCUUACCACCUCCACCAAGCGCACCAUCAACAAAUCUGGUCACCUGUGAAUCAGGAACUGCCCGUCUCAGCUGUGCACGAGGAACCAUUAAGGUGGUUUCUGCCAAUUAUGGGCGUACGGAUGCAGCAACCUGCUCUACUGGAAGACCAGAUGACCAACUCUCAAAUGUUCAGUGCACACAGAGCACAUCCCUAAGUGCGCUGACCACUCAAUGUGAUGGAAAACCAGAUUGCUCCAUUGCUGUGAACAACGCAGUUUUUGGUGAUCCGUGUGUAGGAACUUACAAAUACCUGAUUGUGUCUUACAAGUGCAUCUUACCAACGACACCCCCACCACCAAGUGCACCAUCAACAAAUCUGUUUACCUGCGAAUCAGAGACUGCCCCUCUCAGCUGUGUGAAGGGAACCAUUAAGGUGCUUUCUGCCAAUUAUGGGCGAACAGACCAAAAAACCUGCUCUACUGGAAAACCAGCUAACCAACUCUCAAAUGUUCAGUGCACACAGAGCACAUCCCUAAGUGUGCUGACCACUCAAUGUGAUGGAAAACCAGAUUGCUCCAUUGCUGUGAACAACGCAGUUUUUGGUGAUCCGUGUGUAGGAACUUACAAAUACCUGAACGUGUCCUACACCUGUGUCAAGGCCAAAGACCUCAUCACCUGUGAGGGAGAAACCGCCAAGCCCAGCUGUGCAAAGGGAACCAUUAAGGUUCGUUCUGCCAAUUAUGGGCGAACAAACAAAACAACCUGCUCUACUGGAAGACCUCCUCACCAGCUCUCAAAUGUUCAGUGCAGACAGAGCACAUCCCUAAGUGUGGUGGCCAAACAAUGUGAUGGAAAACAGGACUGUUCCAUUCCUGCGACUAACAAAGUUUUCAGUGAUCCAUGUGUUGGGACUUACAAAUACCUGAAUGUGUCCUACACCUGUUCCCAAGAGAUAGACCUCAUCACCUGUCAGGGAGGAAGUGCCCUUCUCAGCUGUGCACAGGGAACCAUAAAUGUGCUUUCUGCCAAUUAUGGGCGUACGGACAGAACAACCUGCUCCUCUGGAAGACCAUCUAACCAGCUCUCAAAUGUUCAGUGCAGACAGAGCACAUCCCUAAGUGUGGUGACCACUCGAUGUGACGGACAGCAGAGUUGUUCCAUUGUUGUGGGGAAUGCAGCUUUCACUGAACCUUGUCCUGGAACUUACAAAUACCUGUUUGUGUCUUACGAGUGCAUCUUGCCAACGACGACCCCCCCCACCAACAACAUCACAACUCUAACAAUCUUUUCAUCUCUUACUCAAGUUGCACCAGCAACAAAUCUGGUCACCUGUGAAUCCGGAACUGCCCGUCUCAGCUGUGCACAGGGAACCAUAAGUGUGCUUUCUGCCAAUUAUGGCCGUACGGACAGCUCAACCUGCUCUACUGGAAAACCAGCUAACCAACUCUCAAAUGUUCAGUGCACACAGAGCACAUCCCUAAGUGUGCUGACCACUCAAUGUGAUGGACAGCAGAUUUGUUCCAUUGUUGUGGGGAAUGCAGCUUUCAAUGAACCUUGUCCUGGAACUUACAAAUACCUGUUUGUGUCUUACGAGUGCAUCUUACCAACGACACCCCCACCACCAACAAUUGCACCAUCAACAAAUCUGGUCACCUGUGAUUUAGGAACUGCUCGUCUCAGCUGUGCACAAGGAACCAUUAAUGUGCUUUCUGCCAAUUAUGGGCGUACGGACAGAACAACCUGCUCCUCUGGAAGACCAUCUAACCAGCUCUCAAAUGUUCAGUGCACACAGAGCACAUCCCUAAGUGUGCUGACCACUCGAUGUGACGGAAAGCAGAGUUGUUCCAUUGUUGUGCGGAAAAACAUCUUCAAUGACCCUUGUCCUGGAACUUAUAAAUACCUGUUUGUGUCUUACGAGUGCACAACAAAUCUGGUCACCUGUGAAUCAGGAACUGCCCGUCUCAGCUGUGGACAUGGAACCAUUAAUGUGGUUUCUGCCAAUUAUGGGCGAACCGACCGAACAACCUGCUCAUCUGGAAAACCAGCUAACCAACUCUCAAAUACUCAGUGCACACAGAGCACAUCCCUAAGUGUGGUGACCACUCGAUGUGAUGGAAAACCAGAUUGCUCCAUUUCUGUGAACAACGCAGUUUUUGGUGAUCCAUGUGUAGGAACUUACAAAUACCUGAUUGUGUCCUAUACCUGCGUCCAAAACUCGAUUAUAAUCUGUCAAGGUAAAAGCAGAACCAUAACCUGUGAGGGGCGUCGCCGAAUUUACAUUGACUUUGCUAAUUAUGGGAGGAGAGACACUGACCUGCCCUUACAAUGAUCCUACAGCCAUGUCCUCUAUAUGCAUCUCCUCCGAGACUGAGACCCUGCAAAUCCAGUGUGAUGGAAGGAAAAG